CACACAGGUUCUUAGUGCUAAAACCCCAAACAUCCCCCUAAAACCUAAAGCACUCCGUCCUCUUCCCUUUUCUUAGUUCUUUGAAUUUUUUUUCUUUUCUUGGCGAAGUGAGGUUAAGGAGGUGAAUUGGUAAAGAAAUGACCUGUAUCUCUCUCUGUAUUGGAGCUACUACUGCAUUAAAGUUUGUAAGCAAUUGCCAAAACCAUUCAGCGAAGCUGUUCUCUGCAAACCAACAACGUUUUUUCAACCUCAGUUCCGCCAGUUGGAAUUGUUCCAAUUUUUCAGUUCGUCAUACUUCUUGCCGUGGUUUUAAUACUCACAAAUCUUUCUCCACUGUUUUCAAUAGCCUUUCUGUGGAUAAUGGCAACCCCAAGGAAAGGGUGGUUGUCUUGGUAAUUGGAGGAGGAGGGAGAGAGCAUGCGCUCUGUCAUGCUCUAAGGCGAUCCCCUUCUUGUGAUGCAAUUUUCUGUGCACCUGGUAAUGCUGGAAUUUCCAGCUCAGGAGACGCGACUUGCAUAGCAGACCUUGAUGUUUUAGAUAGUUCAGCUGUGAUAGUUUUCUGUCGUAAAUGGGGAGUUGGGCUAGUUGUUGUUGGACCAGAGGCUCCGCUUGUUGCAGGUCUUGCUAAUGACCUCGUUAAGGAGGGAAUUCCUACCUUUGGCCCCUCUUCAGAAGCAGCUGCUUUAGAAGGUUCUAAGAACUUUAUGAAGAGUUUAUGCGAUAAAUAUGGAAUUCCAACUGCAAAGUAUCAAGCAUUUACGGACCCAUCCGCUGCAAACGAGUACAUCAAACAGGAAGGCGCCCCCAUUGUUGUCAAAGCUGAUGGAUUGGCUGCUGGUAAAGGAGUUAUUGUUGCCAUGACAUUGGAGCAAGCAUAUGAGGCGGUUGAUUCUAUGCUUGUGGAAAAUGCUUUUGGUUCUGCUGGUUCUCGAGUCAUCGUAGAGGAAUAUCUGGAAGGAGAGGAAGCAUCGUUUUUUGCCCUGGUAGAUGGUGAGCAUGCCAUACCUUUAGAAUCUGCUCAAGACCACAAACGAGUUGGGGACGGCGAUACAGGACCAAAUACUGGUGGGAUGGGGGCAUAUUCUCCGGCUCCUGUCUUGACAAAAGAACUGCAAUCAGUGGUCAUGGAGUCUAUAAUUUUCCCUACAGUAAAGGGAAUGGCUGAAGAAGGCUGCAAGUUUGUCGGGGUUCUGUAUGCCGGGCUCAUGAUUGAGAAGAAAACUGGUUUUCCGAAGUUAAUUGAGUACAAUGUGCGCUUUGGAGAUCCAGAAUGCCAUGUGUUGAUGGUCCGGUUAGAGUCUGAUUUGGCCGCAGUUCUGUUGGCAGCUUGUCGUGGGAAGCUGCGUGGGGUGUCUUUGGACUGGUCCCAUGGGUCAGCGAUGGUGGUUGUAAUGGCAAGUAAAGGCUACCCCGGGAGCUACCAGAAAGGAACGGUCAUCCAUAAGCUUGAGGAAGCAGAGCAGGUUGCUCCGUCAGUCAAAGUUUUCCACGCUGGGACUGCUUUUGAUGCAGAUGGAAAUUUCAUAGCUACUGGGGGACGUGUUCUUGGAGUCACAGCGAAAGGGGAGGAUCUUGAAGAGGCGCGAGAUAGAGCCUACCAAGCCGUUGAACAAAUUAGCUGGCCUGGAGGUUUUUAUAGACGAGAUAUUGGUUGGAGAGCACUAUCUCAGAAACAAUAUUCUUAAGGGUGAACUCCUAUAAUUGUAUGUUACAUAUGGAGGGAGUAUGAUAACAUUUUUGGAGCGUGAUAUGGAUAUCAGCUUAUUGAUCGUAUCAGACAACUCAUCUGGCAUGGUGUUUGAUCGGACUGAAGUAUCUAUAAUGGAGCCAUCCAAUGUUAGACUAAAUGAAAAGAUCCGGGAAUAGAUUGAAAACCUUGGAUUAAGAAUAGAACACUUUAACCAUAAUAAGUGUUUAUUUUUUUCUGGAAUGAGUAUGAUUAGCUGCAAUGUGUUAUAUGCACAUAUGAUUUUGUAACUUAAUAAUCUAGUUGGAUCGCUGUACUUCUUUGUUUACGGAGUAGACUUUGAUAUGAUUCUCUAUUGUAUA